UCCUCAAUAUCACUCAAUAACCGUCAUUCUAUGAUAUCGUCACUGUAACAUCGCAAUCCGAAUUGACGUUCAACCACUCAACAUAGAUAUUUUUCCCUUUCAAUUUUACUCAGCUCCAAGAGAAAAUCCAACGACCAUUUCGAUUUGACAAGUUGUCAUAGUGAGUUGGUGUCGUGGGGAGUGCAGGCUACGUGAAUAAUUUCCAUUUAUUGUCGGGGGUUGUGAUAAACGCCUUACAAAACGGAUUAAAUCGUUACACUUGCCUGCUACACAUUCCAACAAAAUCAAUAAGGAGUAGUGGCAGAGCAGAGAAAUGCAAAAUCAACGUUGAUUGCAAACAAGAAUUUAUCGAUUUUUCGUCACUCCUCAAAGAGACAAAACUGUGAAAAAAUAAAAUCAAUUAUUGUGGGUAGCAAGUCAGAAACAAGCAGAAUAAGAUGUCAUUCCGAAUGAAAGCUGUUAAAUGUCCUACCGACGAGCUCUCGUUGACGAAUCGGGCUAUAGUCAACACAAAUGAUUUUGCGGAAGAAGUCAAGCACAUUGAGCUGUCAACCGGGCCUGGCCAGCAUUAUGUAUUCUCACUGGAGCGUACUCUGGAGAUGCCCCGGAAUUGCAUUGGAUUCUCCCUGGUUCAGCGCAAAUGGGCGACACUAUCAAUUAAUCAGGACAUCGACGUUAAACCCUAUCGAUUCGAUGCCAGCUCUGAUGUCAUCUUCAGAGUCAGUCUGGAGACUGAUUUUCUUCAAAAGAAAACAUCCUCAUUGGAGCCGUAUGAUUCUGACCAGAUGGCGAAGGAGUUUACACUCCAAUUCUCUGGAAUGGCCCUUACUGUCGGUCAGACACUGGUUUUCAGUUUCCAAGACAAGAAGUUGCUAGGGUUGGCAGUAAAGUCGCUCGAAGCUCUUGAUCCAAAUUCCAUCAAGGAUAAUAAGGAGGGAACACCAAAGAUGGUUCGAUUUGGACGUAUUCUCGGGAAUACGGAUGUGCAAUUUGAAAAGGCCGAAAAUUCAUCUCUGAACUUAAUUGGAAAAGCUAAAGGAAAAAUUGUUCGGCAGUCUAUCAUCAACCCUGAUUGGGAUUUCGGAAAGAUGGGAAUUGGUGGUCUGGAUAAAGAAUUCAACGCUAUCUUCAGACGUGCGUUCGCAUCAAGAGUUUUCCCUCCAGAACUUGUCGAACAAUUGGGCAUUAAGCACGUGAAAGGUAUUUUACUCUACGGUCCCCCUGGUACUGGUAAAACGUUGAUGGCACGGCAAAUUGGUAAAAUGUUAAAUGCCCGUGAACCAAAAAUUGUCAAUGGUCCACAAAUUUUGGACAAAUAUGUUGGUGAAUCAGAGGCCAAUAUCAGACGAUUGUUUGCCGAAGCUGAAGAGGAAGAAAAGAGGCUCGGACCAAACAGUGGGCUCCACAUUAUAAUCUUCGAUGAAAUCGACGCUAUUUGCAAGGCUAGAGGUUCAGUAGCAGGUAAUAGUGGUGUACAUGAUACAGUUGUAAAUCAAUUGCUGGCAAAAAUCGAUGGUGUUGAACAAUUGAACAACAUAUUGGUUAUCGGUAUGACAAACAGACGUGAUAUGAUUGAUGAAGCUUUAAUGCGACCGGGUCGAUUGGAAGUACAAAUGGAAAUUGGUCUGCCAAAUGAAGGGGGAAGACAUCAGAUUUUAAAUAUCCACACAAAACGUAUGAGGGAGUUCAAAAAAAUUGCACCCGAUGUUGAUACAAAAGAACUAGCAACAUUGACGAAAAAUUUCAGCGGUGCUGAAUUGGAAGGUUUAGUUCGAGCUGCUCAAUCAACGGCUAUGAACCGUCUGAUCAAAGCAGCAUCAAAAGUCGAAGUGGAUCCAGAGGCCAUGGAAAAGUUACUUGUUUGCCGUGCUGAUUUCUUGCAUGCUUUGGAAAAUGAUGUUAAGCCAGCAUUCGGUACAGCACAAGAGGCUUUGGAUAACUUCCUGUCACGUGGCAUUAUCAAUUGGGGAACACCAGUUGCAAGCCUACUUGAAGAUGGCAUGUUAUACACUCAGCAAGCACGUGCCACUGAAAGCUCUGGUUUGGUUUCGAUCUUAAUUGAAGGUCCACCAAAUGCAGGAAAGACUGCUUUGGCUGCAAAACUUGCGAAGAUGUCCGAUUUCCCAUUUGUGAAAGUUUGCUCUCCAGAAGAUAUGGUUGGAUUCACAGAAUCAGCUAAAUGUCUUCACAUCAGAAAGAUUUUCGAUGACGCUUAUCGUUCUAUGCUAAGUUGCAUUGUUGUUGACAAUAUCGAGCGACUGUUAGAUUACGGUCCAAUUGGUCCACGAUAUUCUAACUUGACUUUGCAAGCAUUAUUGGUGCUAUUGAAAAAACAACCACCAAGAGGACGAAAACUGCUGGUUUUAUGCACAAGCAGCCGAAGGCAAGUGUUGGAAGACAUGGAAAUGCUUUCAGCAUUUACAGCAAUACUCCACGUACCGAAUCUAUCAAGUCCAGAUCAUGUACUGGCUGUCCUGGAGGAUACUGAUCUCUUCAACAAAGCCGAAUUGCAGACAAUUGCAAAGAAAAUGCAUGGCAAACGCGUAUUCAUCGGCAUCAAAAAGCUUCUCGGUCUUCUUGACAUGGCCCGGCAAACUGAGCAACAGUAUCGGGUAAUCAAAUUCCUGUCGAAACUGGAAGAGGAAGGAGGCUUAGAUAUGACGUCAACAGGACAACAUUAACUGAUAAAGGAUUAGCUACUUAAUAUGUCCAUUGUUACAUUCAAUGACAUAUUCUAAUUAUCACGGCCACAGUGUACGGCCGCGGGUGUGAAAGUUACGUCUACAUACUACAUAGUGUCAUUUAAGUGUAACUUAUUAGUUAGCGCUAGUUUUAGGUUCUAUUCUGCAAAGUCAGAUUGAAUAUAAUUGAUUUGCAUAAAGUUGUUAUAUGCGGCUUUUGCGAUCUUUGAGUAUGAGAAGGCAUUAUAAGAGGGGACCUAAAUCGUGGGCUUGCAUUCUAAUUUAGUAGGCAAACGAGCCACGAUAAAGUCAGAUAUCUGAAACGAUUUGCUUUUUGUUGUUAAUGUCGAAGUUUGAAACUAUAUGACAAAAUAAAAGAAAUUCCAAACAAUAAAAAGCAACGGUAAUGACCGAUUUUUUAUGCUCAGGAUCGGUAACCCUACUCAUGUGUCUAGUAUUCAUUUGCUCCUACCUCUGACAUAUAAUUCAAAGUGUUCUUGGAAGUUUAAAACAUUCGUAACAAAGAUGUGGGAUUUGAAAUAGAAAGAUUAGUUAGCAUUCAGUUCUGUGCUACUUUAAUAAAGACAUUUAUUGUAAAAACAUUUAAUCGCAAGACAAAGAAAGAAUUGGCUGCUAGGAGAAUUGGUUAUCGAUAAGGUUAAAGAUAUUAUUAUGUCAAUUGUUCCCGUUCGAAAUGAAGGAAUUCGCCAGACGUACAAGCAAAGAAAGAGUUAUAUAUUUUGUUGACUUAUUAACGAAAAUGCAAUAUUUAUUUUGUAACAUACGAAGCUGUAUAUUAUUGUUAAUAUGUUUAUGUUAAGUUAUUUAUCUAGAUAUUGGGGAAAACGAUAAAGUGAGUGUAUAUAUUAGUGGUUUAGGUGCAUUCCGUUCAUAGUAAAGUUAUCAAACGAAUAGCAAAACGUAAUUUCUUUAAAUUAAAAUAAUACGUAGUUUGUGUGGAUAUUCAAAACGAUUUAGAAUUUAUUUCGAAUGUGAGAAUUGGUAGAUUCAAAACUACCAUCCCGAUAUUAAUUACUUCAAUCUCAAAAAAGAAUGUAAAACACUUUAACAUUUAUAGGAAUUCGUAUUUGGGAAGGCCCUUGUAUCGUUACUUCAGGAAAUAAACAUUUGUUAGACUUUGUUGCACUUUUCUAAAUGAAUCAAAUAUACAUUCAGUAGUUUUUCGUUAAAACUAUUGAAUUGAAAUAUGUGCUUCAUAAUUUCUAGGUAAAAUUUACUUUGACUGAACUAACUUUUGCUUUUAGAAAUGUUCAGUCAAAAGAGGAAAACUUUUACUGAAAAUUUGAAUGAAAAUGUAUACCAACAACGCUUCUAUAAAUGUAAAAAAAGGUCUUAAGACGAAUGGAAAGUUUUCUGAUUAAGCAAAUUAAUUUCAACAAAUUCCAACCACUAGUGUUUUUACUACGAUUCCAAACAUGGCUUUGUCCCCUACCAUACUUUGUAUAUUGAAGAAUGUUUUUCUUCUGAAAUAUAGCCAAGUAUUAGCGAAAGUAGAUUAAUUAGGUUUAGAUACAUUUAGAAAGGCCCUUGCUUAAUGGAUUGCAAUAGAACGUACUUUCUAGGAACACUUUGUCUGAGAGACAAUACCAGUCCUGUUAUAUUUCUAAUUAAAAUUUGGAGAAAAAAGUUAAAUGAGCAAGAAGUAAUUUUUUCAAAAUAUUUCGCAAACAGUUACAUCAUGGCUUCCAAUAAUUUGCAUCGCAAACAAGUUGCAAAUUUAUAUUCAAAUAUUAAAUGCGUGUUAUUAAUUGUAUAUCUAAAAUAUUUUUCUCCUUCAAAACUAUCUUUAUUGUAGUUGAUAGAAUCAUUUAAUAGUGAAAAAUCCUCAAGACGCUACCAAACGUUUAUCAACUAAUGAGAGCAAAAUGUCCUCAAAAAUAAAAAUAAAAGAAAUCUUUAAAAACAAUUCAAUUAUUAGGAUAGAAUGUGCUUCACUUUGAGCAAAAUUAAACAUAUAAUUUAGGCCUAUUAUCAAUUUGCAAAACGGGAAGAGUUGAAUAUUCGAUUCGAAUGGUUGAUUGACUUGAUUCGAUUGUACUCUAGUAUACAAUCGAUGUACGCAUUCUUUGAGACCGCUUUAUGUUAUGAAUUGGUUGUAAGAUAUAGUCAAUAGCCAGUACACUGCUGUAUUUCACUCUUCAACUUGUUACAUGAAUACAUAAAGGAAAAAAAACAUUGUUAAAAUAAAUGAAGCUUUCUGUUGUUAACGAUACUAAUCGUAAAAAUAAAUAAAAAAUCAAUUUGUUUGACCAGCUCAAGGUGUUUGGGAAACAACCCUAAAAA